GGGCCGAGCGCAACCGCGGCACCGCCCUAAGCUCCGGAAUCCGGAGCUCGUCUCGGACGGUGGGCUCUGCCCAGCGGCCUCCCGGCUGCCAGUCCUCUCCGCCACCCAAUGUGGUACCCCUUCUGGCCGGGUUCCUCCCCUCGGUCCCCUUCGGCGCUAAGCGGGCUGUGGGGACGGCGAGUCCCUUGGAGAGCGCUGGGCCUUCAGCCGCACUGGUGAAGGCCUCUGCUGAGAUGCUUUGGUCGGUCGGCCUGGGCGGGAAGUAGCCCAGUGAGGGGGCCAGGCGGCUGCUGGACGGCUGAGAGACCUGCGGUGGCUGCAGGGCGGGGAGAGGUGGUCAGACGUGGGGCGCGUUUGGAAGAUGGACUGGCGACUGCAAGGACUUUGGCUGGAGCAGCGGGCUGGUGUGCUGUCUUCUGAGAGCGGGGCCGCUGUAAAGCAACAGGGGUGCUCGGGGUGCUGAGCUGCCUUUGAGAAGCCAAGUGAACACCUAGAUGGACAGCUGGCAGCCCGGCCUGGCCGCUGGGGGAGCUGGGGCUCAGCACUGCGAAGGGGUGCCACCCUAAAAAGACAAAAGGAAAAAAAAAAAAAGAGGGAUGGGUGACAUCCAGCCGUGGAAUGAAGACAUGCUGUGUAGCCAGAGGAAACGUACAGAGACAGGAGCCCAGCUGUGUUCUUGCGAGAUGUUGAAACCAAAGCCAGAGCAAAACCGUCAGAGCAGCCAGAGGGGAAAGGACCUGUUACCCUCAGAGCAUGAAAUAGCAAGAAAGCACUGACGUUCCAGCAGAAGCAGCUGGAACAGCCGACGAGGAAAGAACCGCAGGCGGACCUUGGCAGCCGAGACGUCUCAACCCAGCAAAAGGCCCUGCAGCCCCUGUUCACCCCGCAGGGAGGAUGCGAGCUCCAGGGCAGCCUACAAAGAGCCUGGGGAUGCCCCUCGAACCACGAAGCCGGCCACGCAGCGCACUACAAGCCACGCCUGCAACUUCAUGUCCCAUGAGAAGUGCCUGAAGCACGUGAGGACGCCCUGCGCCAGCGUGGCGCCCAGCCUUGUCCACGUCCCGGUGGCCCACUGCUUCGGGCCCCGGGGGCUCUACAAGCGCAAGUUUUGCGGGGUGUGCCGAAAGGGCCUGGAGGUGCCUGGGCUUCGCUGUGAAGUGUGUGAGCUGCACGUUCACCUCGACUGUGUGCCCUUCGCCUGCAGCGACUGCCGCCAGUGCCACCGGGACGGGCACCGGGACCACGACUUGCGUCUCCACCACUGGCGGGAGGGGAACCUGCCCUCGGGCGCGCGCUGCGAGGUCUGCCGGAAAACCUGCGGUUCGUCCGACGUGCUGGCCGGCUUGCGCUGCGAGUGGUGCGGCGUCCAGGCCCACUCCGUCUGCUCUACGGCUCUCGCCCCCGAGUGCACUUUCGGGCGCCUGCGCACCAUGGUCCUGCCCCCAGCGUGCGUGCGCCUACUAUCCCGCAACUUCAGCAAGAUGCACUGCUUUCGUAUCUCCGAGAGCGCGACCCCGGAGCCGGGUGAGGGAGAAGACAGCGCGGACGCGAGCGCCCCCGCCGGCCCAGGGAGAGAGGUGGUGGUGCCAGAGUCCAGCAAGCAGACCCUGAAGAUAUUUGACGGCAACGACUCCGUGCUGCGAAACCAUUCUCGUGUCAUCACUGUCCCCCGACAGGCCAGGAACCAGGAGGUGCUGGAGGCCGCGCUGCGGGCCUAUUACAUCACGGAGGAUCCUCAGCACUUCCAGCUGCAGGCAGUCCCCCAGCCUGCACAGGCUGUUGACCUCGGGGCCCUAGGAAGGUUCUGGAGUGGCGAGACCGUCGAAGAGGAGGGCAGCAGAGGCCCAGGGGCCCGAGAUGGUGCUGAGGCCUGGAUCAUUCGUGCUCGGCCCCGCACCCAGGAGGUUCUGAAGAUCUACCCUGCCUGGCUCAAGGUGGGCGUGGCCUACGUGUCCAUCCGCGUGACGCCCCAGAGCACUGCCCGGACCGUGGUGCAGGAGGUUCUUCCGCUGCUUGGCUGCCAGGACGAGGGGCCCGAGAGCUUCCAGCUGGUGGAGGCGCUCAUGGGCAGCCGGCAAGUCCAGCGCACGGUGCUGGCGGCCGAAGAGCCCUUGCUUGACCGGCUUCAUGAUAUCCGGCAGACGUCCCUGCGGCAGAUGGGCCAGACGAGGUUCUACGUGGCUGAGAACAGAGCGGUGGCCCCACGUGUCUCUCUCUUCGUGGGUGGUCUGCCUCCUGGCCUGUCCCUCCAGGAGUACAGCAGUCUGCUGGACGAGGCUGUGGCCAGCAAAGCUGGCCUGGUGUCUGUCAGCCACGUCUACUCCACGCAAGGUGCGGUGGUGCUGGACGUGGCCUGCUUUGCGGAGGCCGAGCGGCUGUACAUGCUGGUCAGGGACACGUCUGUGCACGGCCGGCUGCUGACCGCCCUGGUGCUCCCGGAUGUGCUGCACACAAAGUUGCCCCCAGACUGCCGCCCCCUCCUCGUGUUUGUGAACCCCAAAAGUGGAGGCCUCAAGGGCCGGGACCUGCUCUGCAGUUUCCGGAAGCUGCUCAACCCUCACCAGGUCUUUGAGCUGACCAACGGGGGGCCUCUGCCCGGGUUCCACGUGUUCUCCCAGGUGCCCUGCUUCCGGGUGCUGGUGUGUGGUGGGGACGGCACCGUGGGCUGGGUGCUCGCCGCCCUGGAAGAGAUGCGACACCGGCUGGCCUGCCCAGAGCCUGCUGUGGCCAUUUUGCCCCUGGGCACAGGGAAUGACCUUGGCCGGGUCCUCCGCUGGGGGGCGGGCUACAGUGGAGAGGACCCAUUCUCCGUGCUGGUGUCUGUGGACGAGGCUGAUGCUGUGCUCAUGGACCGCUGGACCAUCCUGCUGGAUGCUCACGAGACUGGCAGUGGGGAGGAUGGCGUGGCAGACACAGAGCCCCCCAAGGUUGUGCAGAUGAGUAACUACUGUGGGAUUGGCAUCGACGCAGAGCUAAGCCUGGACUUCCACCAGGCGCGGGAGGAAGAGCCCGGCAAGUUCACGAGCAGGUUCCACAACAAGGGCGUGUACGUGCGGGUCGGACUGCAGAAGAUCAGCCACUCCCGCAGCCUGCACAGGGAGAUCCGGCUGCAGGUGGAGCGGCGGGAGGUGGAGCUGCCCAGCAUCGAGGGGCUCAUCUUCAUCAACAUCCCCAGCUGGGGCUCGGGGGCCGACCUGUGGGGCUCCGACAGUGACUCGAGGUUUGAGAAGCCGCGCAUGGACGACGGGCUGCUGGAGGUGGUGGGGGUGACAGGUGUCAUGCACAUGGGCCAGGUCCAGGGUGGGCUGCGCUCUGGCAUCCGCAUCGCCCAGGGAGCCUACUUCCGUGUCACCCUCCUCAAGGCCACACCCGUGCAGGUGGACGGCGAGCCCUGGGUCCAGGCUCCUGGGCACAUGAUCAUCUCAGCCGCAGGCCCGAAAGUGCACAUGCUCAGGAAGGCCAAGCAGAAACCCAAGAAGACCGGGACGCCCAAGGAUGCGCGGGCAGAGGGCACGCCCGCCCCCGAGGGAGACUCCAAAUAGAGGCAGCCCUACAGCAACACCUGGGACAGAUGACUUGGCCCCAGCCCUGACCUCAGGCCUUCCCCACAUGUCCUCACGCCUGUGUCACACAGAGACAGCUGGGUGGGCACUGGGCUCCUGGGGGCCCAGGCCACCGUGUCCUUUCAUCACCUCUGAGCCCUGUGAGCUAGGAAGUGCUGGACCUCAUCUCAUACCCCUUAGGUGGUACCCCCGGAUGCCUCCGCAGGGCAGGCGGCCCUCUGGGCCCCGGCUGUGCCCAGACACGGACAGGGCACCCUAGCCACUAGCUCCUCGAACCUCACCUCAUCGCCGAGGGCCAGGGGGCAGGGGGGAGUCUGGCCAGGCUGGGUCCUGAGCUGGGAUGUGGCCCUGCAGAGAGGAGGGCCCGGAGGAAGCCAGGUGGGCCAGGCCACCCUCCUGGAGAGGCAGCAGGGGCAGGCCCGGCCGAGCCCGGAGGCUGAGAGGAGUGUGAGCAGGGAGCAGCUUUAAUGACCAAGGUCGACACAGUGCUUUGCCCCUACCUGCCACGUCAGUGUCCGGUUCUGUCUGCUUGGCAGAUGGGACCUGUGUGGUCCCAGUGCUUGUCCACGUGGAAACUCAGGUCAUGGGAUGAAGCCAUGGCUGCCAGGGCCCCUACACCAAGCUCCCGAACGCAGCUGGCCCAGACCCUGGAGGGAACUGACCCCCGUCGAGCAAGCUGCUGCGAAUCCCCCGAGGCCUGGAAGAGGGUCCAUGAGUCCAUCCCUCCCCCGACCAUCCUGGUCCUCUGCCACCCUGGGUGGUGGCUUGGCCCUGACACUUGGCCUCAGACAUGGCCCGGCCAGCUUGUGCCCCAAAUGCCCAGACCCGUGCAUCUUAACAGCACCCACCCCCAGUGGCCGACUCGCACCCCUUGUGCCCACCCGCAGAGUAGAGCCAGCUCGCGUCUGCUCUGCGGCCCGCUGGUUGACAGGAACUGUCCGUGAAUUGGGUCUGGGAGGACGUGGCCUCGAACUGAGCGAGGCUGCGCCCGGAGUGGCUGCAAGGGCGCCCGCCCUCCCUCCUGUGUGACUUCCCACUGCGUGAAGAUGGCCGCGAUUGCCAUCUGGGACAAAUACAGUCUGGGCACCCUG